CAAGAGGACAGACAAGAGGACAGAUAUCUGCAGCCUGUGGCCACCCGUCACCCUCCCACCCACCAUGGACAUGCCCUGGCCCCUCGGGUGGAUUCUGCUUCUGUUGGGAAGCCCCCUCACCCACGCUGAGCCUCUGUACAUCCUGGUGACCCCCCGAGUCCUGAGGGUUGGCAGUCCGGAGAGCAUUCACAUUCAGGCCCACUCGGACUCCAGACAGCCCCUCACAAGGACCCUCGAGGUGAACUUCACGGUAUGGGACUUCCCCAUGAGGAAGACAGUGUUGGCAAGGAGCCAGCUCAUUCUCUCGCCAGGAAACAACUUUAUGGACCAGGCACCUGUGACGGUUCCCGAGAGCCUGGUGUACCCCCCAAAACCAGGGCAGCAAUAUGCCAUCAUCCGGGCAACUUGGGCACCCUCCUCGGACUCCUCAUUCAUGGAGAAGAUAGUGCUGGUGGCUCCUCAUGCUGGCUACAUCUUUAUCCAGACAGACAAGACCAUCUACACCCCUGAGCACUUGGUUCACUACCGGGUGUUCACUGUUAACCACAAGAUGGACCCUGUGACCAGGACAUUCACUCUGGACAUCAAGAACCCGGAGGGAAUCACCGUGAUUAGCCAGAGUCUGAGAGCCAAGGACGGCUUCUUUUUCAGCUCCUUUCACCUCCCAGAGCUUGUCAGUUUGGGGACCUGGACCAUCGAAGCCAGCUACCAAAGUACACCCAAGCAGAAGUUCAAGGCUGCCUUUGAUGUGAAGGAAUAUGUCCUCCCAUCUUUUGAGGUCCAGUUGGUCCCAAACAAGACUUUCUUCUAUCUCAAGGAUGAGGUUCUGGGCGUUGACAUCCAGGCUCGGUAUAUAUUUAACAAGCCAGUGGACGGACAUGCUCUGGUCAUCUUUGGGGUGAAACUGGACUCCCGCCGGAUCCCUAUCCAAAGCUCCCUGCAGAGGGUGGAGAUCUCGGAAGGCCUGGGCCACGUCUCCCUCCGGAAGGAUAUACUGAUGGCUGCAUUCCAAGGCCCAGAAAAGGACUUCAUUGGAGGAUCAAUCUUUGUCAAUGUCACCGUGUUCUCCUCAGGGGGUGAGAUGGUGCAAGCCGAGACCUCAGGGGUGAAGAUUGUCCAGAGCCCAUACAACAUCAAGUUCACCAGGACACCCCAGUAUUUCAAGCCAGGAAUGCCCUUCCACUUUCGGGUCUUCGUCUCAAAUCCUGAUGGAUCCCCAGCUGACAGAGUCCUUGUCCAGUCCCAAAACUACAAAGUGUGCACCUCAACUGAGGGACUGGCCACUCUGACCAUCAACACAGAUGCAAAUCUGGACAAGCUCCCCAUCGAGGUGAAAACUGAGGAAUCUCUUCAGCCAGAGGAGCAGGCUUCAGCCAAGAUGACAGCUUGGCCUUACUUGACUCAAGAUGGGUCAGGAAACUUCCUGCACAUCGAAGUAAAGACAUUGGGCACAGAGGUUGGCAGCAGCAUCCAGCUGAGCCUCAAUACAAAGCAUCAGGACCCUAAAACCAAGGACCGGAUUACUCACUUCACCAUCCUGGUCCUGAGUAAGGGCCAGAUUGUGAGUGCCAAACAUCAGUCAAAAAGCCAGGGGAGCGUCUACACGUCAGCCAUUAUUGAUGUGACUUCAGCGAUGCUGCCCUCCUUCCGCAUUCUGGCAUUUUAUUUACUUCCCAGAGGAGUGAGCCAGGAUCCUGAGUUGGUGGCUGAUUCCAUAUGGAUUGAUGUGAAUGACAGAUGCAUAGGGACGCUGAAAGUUGGCUUGAAGAAUGAUAGAUUCUUCCCUUCUUUGGAGCCCAACAGCCAAGUGGAACUGAAGGUGACAGGUGAUGCAGAAGCCACAGUGGGGCUGGUGGCUGUGGACAAGGCUGUCUAUGUUUUGAACAGCAAACACAAGCUCACUCAGAAGAAGGUCUGGGAUGUGGUGGAGGAACAUGACAUUGGCUGCACAGCAGGAAGUGGAAAAGACAGAUUUGCUGUGUUCAAGGAUGCUGGAUUGGACCUGAAAAUGAGCACAGGAAUGGAUAGCCUGGCAAGCACAGACUGGCCCUGCCCCCAGGACCCUCCUCCUAGCCGCCAUCGCCGCUCCCUGAAGAGGCUGGAGACAAAGAGGAAUGCAGUGAACAAGUUUAAGACAGAGCUGGAGCAAAAGUGCUGUGAGGCUGGGCUCCAGGAAAGCCCAGUGGAGCUGUCCUGUGAGGAGAGGACCUGGCAUGUCCGCCAUGGUCCAGCCUGUGUGGCUGCUUUCCUGGACUGCUGCCAUCUGUCUGAGACCCUGACUCGGGAGGCUCGAGAGGAUCAGCUGCGUCUGGGGACAAUGGAUGAAGAGGAGGACUUCGACGACCUCUUCCUGGAUGACAUGCCGGCACGGACCUUGUUCCCUGAGAGUUGGCUCUGGAGGAAGUUCACUCUGCCGAAGAGUGAAUCGGGCAUCUCCCAUUACCCCAUCUCUGUGAACGUGCCAGAUUCCAUCACCACAUGGCAGUUUGUGGCGGUCAGCCUCAAGGCUGGACAAGGUCUCUGUGUCUCGGACCCCUUUGAGCUGACAGUUAUGAAAUCGUUCUUUGUGGACCUUAAGUUGCCCUCCUCCGUGGUCAGGAAUGAGCAGGUCCAGAUCCAAGCUGUGUUGUACAAUUUCAGGGAUCGCCAGGCCAAGGGCUCCAGAGUCUGUGCUUAUCACAGCCAAGGAAUGCCUCCUCUCACCAUCAUUGCAAUUGUCAUUUUUACUGUGGUUGCUGUUUUUGCUUUUGACUUAUAUCCUCAACUCAUCCCUCAGGCAGGGGGUCAGAUCCAGCAAACGUCCUACAGCAUCGUCCUGGAACCCCAAGGUCAGACCCAGACAAAACUGGUGCCAAGACAGGAGUUCUUGAACAUGGUACCCGACACGGAGGCGGAAGUGUUUAUCAGUGUUCAAGGUGACAUCCUUGGUGAGACAAUUGUGGGCAGCCUGACACCCAAUGAGAUUCGGCAUCUGCUGCGGGUCCCCACGGGCUGCCCUGAGCAGACACUGAGCUCCCUGACACCUGUCAUCAUCCUGUCCCGCUAUUUGGAUGCCACCCGCCAGUGGGGCAAGGUCGGGGUGGAGCACAGGGACCAAGUGAUGAAGAAUAUUGUCAGCGGCUACACUCGGAUGCUGACCCACCGGAGUUCAGACGGCACCUACCACACCUCCAAGGGGAGCCCAGGAAGCACCUGGCUCACAAGCUAUGUGUUCCGUGUCUUUGCCCUGGCCUACUCUACAAUGACGACCCAAGUGCUUAGCCUGUCCUCUCUCUGUGACAUGGCCAACUGGAUCAUCACCAACAGGCAGGCGGAGGACGGGCACUUCCUGGAGGAGGGUCCCGUGGUCAUGACAUCCAUGCAGGGUGGCUACCAAGGCUCCGAGGAGGAUGUAUCCCUCACAGCUCUCGUCCUGAUAGCCCUGAAUGAGGGAAAGGAGUUGUGCAACCAGAAGAAUUUGAUGGCCAGCAUCGAGAGAGCCCGUGGCUUCCUGGAGAGAAAACUUCCUGACAUUCAGACAACCUUUGCCAUAGCCAUAACCUCCUACGCACUGGCCCUUGCCAACAGCUCCCAAGCCAACGACCGCCUGGACAGCUUUGCUAGCCCUAGUGAGUGUGGGAUGCUUCUUAGUCAACCUCAGUCAUGGAGUGGGGAGGGGGUGAUCUCAAAUCCAGCAAUGUGUCAUUCAUCACUUAGUGUUUCCUGA